AUGAUAGACCUCAAACUACUACUAAUCUUGAACCAAAUCAACCCGUUCUCGUCUCGCCAUGAAACGAGCGACAAUCAUGACCAAGAGGAUUUCAAGCUUCCGAACUUAGCAUCUCUGGUCAUCAUGAUUUUAAUGAAUCUGCUUCUCCAAGUCUCAUUUUUCAUCGUCAUUUCAUCGUCAAACAAAUAUGCAGAGUACUUGGGAGGAAAUGCCACUUUCUCUGGAGUUGCCAUCGGCAUUCCGACGGCUUUUGCUGGACUUUCUUUGAUUCCCUUGACAAAGUACGAUAGAGGGAUGUACAGAAUGCCCCUUCAUGUCAGUUGCUGCUUCGCCAUUCUAGGUCACGUCGCCUACGCCCUGGCUUUCCGUACCAACUUCUUAUAUUUGAUUCUAAUCGGUCGUUGCCUCCUCGGGGUUGCAUUCUCCAUGUUCAUGUACGGCAAACGGUACUGCACAGACCCUCGAAUCGUUGGCAUCAGACGAAGAACGACGCUUGCUAGCUGGAUGGUCAUCAGUCAAGGCAUGGGCAUGUCCCUUGGUCCAUUUCUUGGUGGCGUGAUGUACGACAUCGGGUUCUCAAACUCAAUUUUCAAUGGUUAUACAAGCCCAGGAUGGAUUAUGGCCGGGAUUCUCGCUGGCUUCUGGGUUUUGGUCGCAAAAUAUUUUGAGGACAUCCCUCAACCACCAACCAUUUUAGAAUUGCAGUCAGCAAGCGAUCCAAAUGCUCCCAUCACUUCUUUAGAAGUGAAAGGUGGAGACAAAGAGGCUUCUCCGGAUUAUCCAUCAGCGUCUGCCACACGCCCUGCCUCACCCGUUGACGAAUCUUUUAGAGCACAGCUCUCGCUGAUCACAUUGUCCCAGUGGGGUGUCAUUGCAUGCAUGUGCUGGUUCUCGAUGCUCUGUUUCUUCAUCCUAGGCUCUUGGGAAGCCAAUUUGCCUGUGUUUGGUGCCGCUGAUGAAAACUUGCGCUGGUCUCCAUUUGCUGCAGGAAAUUUUAUCGCUCUCGGCGGAAUAACAGCUGCACGUCGCACACAAGACCGCAAAAUCCUCGCAUUCGGUACGAUUCUCGGCCUUUCAGGGCUUAUCAUUUUUUUUUUCAUCCUUCGUACCGGCAAAGUCAAUUACGGCUCAUUAUUUACAUGUUGGUGGAGCGUGGCGCUCGGGUUUAACCUUGCAACCACCGUGACCCUUAGUCUACUCAGCAAACAGCUCCCGCCAGAGUGGAACGGGUGCACUUCAAUGGCAAUUCAAUACAGCAAUUAUACUGGUCGUGUUACCGGUGCAAUCUGGGGUGGUUCGGGUGUUUCAGUGGGGAUGAUGAACUUUGUGGGAUUGGAGAUUGUUAUGGUCGCCAUUGGAGCUGUUUUUUUUACCACGUUGUGGAGGAAUUUGAAGACGAAGACGGGAUGA